AUGUUCCUCCCGGCCGAGCACGUCGAAAAGAGCGUCCCCGUUCUUCGCCGCCUCAUCCGCGACCACCCCCUCGGCGUCCUCACCACCGCCGUCCCCUCGGCCGCGCACCCGCUCAUCCUGUCCAGCCACAUACCCUGGGUCCUCGACGUCGCGGAUGAGUCGAGCGAGACGGACCUCGGCCGGCUCCGGGGCCACAUGGCUCGCCAGAACCCCCAGAGCCAAGCCAUGAUGGCUGCUGCCACCAGCGCCAAUGCCAACACCCUCGAGCAAGAGGUCCUCGUCCUCUUCACCGCCGCGCCUCACCACUACGUCACGCCCAAGUUCUACGUCGAGACGAAGCCGACAACGGCAAAGGUCGUCCCCACCUGGAACUACGCCGCCGUCCAGGCCUACGGCACCGCCACCGUCUACUUCGACCCGCGGUCCGACCAGACGGCGCGCUUCCUCGACCGCCAGCUCCGUGACCUGUCGCGGCACACGGAGAUGUCCAUCAUGGAGUACACGGGGCAGGGCGACCGGCCGGGCCCGUGGGAGGUGUCCGACGCGCCGGAGCGCUACGUUGAGCUUAUGACCAAGAACAUCAUUGGCAUCGAGAUUGCCAUUCACCGGCUCGAGGGCAAGUUCAAGAUGAGCCAGGAGAAGCGCGGCGGGGACCGCAAGGGCGUUGUCCAAGGGUUCGAGAACCUCAACUCGGAUCUCGGUAGAGACAUGGCCCGUCUUGUCCGGGAGCAUGGCGACCUCAAGGACGCCGCCAGAUCGUAG